GUACUCAGCCACUACCUGCGCUCCGAAAUUGGCGGAGGGACAAAAAUGGCGAACAGGACUGUGAAAGAUGCCAAUAGUAUACACGGCACUAAUCCGCAGUAUUUAGUGGAGAAGAUUAUCCGCACUCGAAUUUACGAGUCUAAAUAUUGGAAAGAAGAAUGCUUCGGAUUGACAGCUGAGCUAGUGGUGGACAAAGCCAUGGAACUCAAAUAUGUCGGAGGAGUGUAUGGUGGCAAUAUUAAACCGACUCCUUUCCUUUGCUUGACGUUGAAGAUGCUCCAAAUCCAGCCUGAGAAAGACAUCAUUGUGGAGUUUAUCAAAAAUGAAGAUUUCAAGUACGUACGUUUACUUGGAGCCAUGUAUAUGCGGCUGACAGGCUCCUCAGUGGAUUGCUACAAGUAUCUGGAACCUCUUUACAAUGACUAUCGGAAAAUCAAGGCGCAAAACAGAAAUGGAGAAUUUGAAGUGAUGCAUGUGGAUGAAUUUAUCGACAAUCUGUUGCAUAGUGAGCGGGUGUGUGAUAUCAUUCUACCCAGGCUACAGAAACGGCAUGUUCUGGAGGAAGAGGAGCUACUGGAGGCAAGGGUCAGUGCCUUGGAAGAAGACCUUGAUGAGGUUGAGUCAAGUGAAGAUGACGAUGAUGAGGACGAUAAGCCUGAACGAGGCCAGUCUCCAGAGCCUCACCGCAGGAGCUACAGAGACAUGGACAGGCCACGCAGGUCGCCUUCACCCCGCUACAGACGCAGCCGAUCUCCACGGCGGCGCAGUCGAUCACCCAAGAGACGCAGCCCUUCACCUCGACGAGAGAGACACCGCAGCAAGAGUCCACGGCGCCAUCGCAGUCGCUCUAGGGAGAGAAGACACCGUUCGAAAUCACCAGCACACCACAGAAGCCACAGGCACCGCAGUCACUCAAGAUCUCCAGAAAGGUCAAAGAAGAGUCACAAAAAGAGCCGACGAGGGAAUGAAUGAGCACCGGAGGGGAAGGGCUCUCCAUCUGUACAUACAUGACGUGCUUCCUCACGCCAGUGGGAUUUUGUGGUCUUUAGUUGUCACAGCUGUGGUAAUAUUCUCAACAAGUAUGACACUUUUUUUAUUUAUAAAUAAAAACAAUGUUUCUGUUAAUAAAAUGUCAAUGU